CUACUGGAAUCUUGUGGCUGAUGUAUUUUUGGCGGGGAUCAUUGUUAUGACUGAUGCAUAUUGAUUCAACCGUGUUUGCCUAUUUUACUUGGAAAAUCGCUGCCAAAAAUUGGACAGAUGUGAGUUGGUAGUAAGCAAUCAUUCAACAUGAAUGGUGAGGUACCAAAUGUUCCCAUCACCACCUUAGCAGGGAUAACAAGUCUAACAGACUUGUUACCUGAACUGCCCCUGCCAACUCCAUUGCCAAAUGCCAUAAACAAUAAAAGUCUUCUUCACAAUUCCAAAUUGUCGGAGAAGUCCCGGAAACUAUUAGAAGAUGCAGAUGAUGCGUUGGUUGAACAAAUAUCAGAAAUUCUCAGACACAGUGCUACAGAUGACAUUGAACUCAAGGAUGACCUUGAAGGGGCUCCUGUUGAUGGUGAAAUGUCGGAGCUCCUUAGAGCCAUUUUAGCAAAUGACCCAGAAGUGUUUUCUGGGGGAUCAAAGGAGAGAUCAAGGAGAAGCUCUGGCAGAAGUCCACACAGUGGAAACCAUUCACCUUACCAGUCACACUCUCCAAGGAUUGGUCUUCCAACUGGGAGUGGAUCUUCAAGUCUUCAGAAAUCACCCUCUCUUCCCCAUCAACAGCCAGGCUCAUCAAAUUACAAUGGUGAACAUUAUGAUAAGCGACACAAACAUAGCAAGCUGUCAUCGGCAGUCAUGAGUUCUCCUGCCCAGGCAACAGUUGCAGAAUCUGCAGUGAGACAAACAAGCAGUAGAAACUCUGGAUUAAUGGAUAUAGACGAUAAUAGUACUGAUGGGGGAUCUUCACAUAUAUCACGACAGAAUAGUAAAGAAUAUGAUAGAAAGGGAAAAGGUAGGCUUAACCGAAACAGAAAAAAGGCCGGCAAUUUAAAGAGGUCAGAAGAGAAGUCAAGAAAUGAAUUUUGGGUAGAGAAAAUGAAGGCAUCCGGAAAUCCUGUGGUGUGUCUAGAGCCCUUGGAGACAAAGAAGGAUGAUAUUUGGAAUAGCAAGUGUAAGCCUGUUCGUGUUUCCCUGGAACCAUUAGAUGAAAGGGAUCCCAAAAAUGAGACGUUAAAGUCCAUCGCAUCAGGUGGAACGGUGAAAACAAAGGGAUUAAAAAGGCAUGGGGAGUAUGAGAAUGAUCGUUUAAGGAAGAGAAGACGGUCUGGUAGAACAGAGGACAGUGAAGAUAGUGAUAAUGAUGCUGUGGAAGAAUUGAUGCGUCGCAAAAAGAAAGAGAAGCGACAAAGGCGUAUGAAUCAAACUGACCUCAGCAUAGAAGAGCUUCUGGACAGUCCAACUUUCAAGAAGUUCAGCACGGCUUUGGAGUAUAUAUUUGACAGUGCUGAAGAUAUCAAUUUUGGAAGUUUAGAUCCAAAUGAUGAAGAAGUUGAAUGUCCUCCCGAGUCGUUGAUAAGUCGCUCAGUUUUGUCUGAACUGACCAGUGAAACAGCUAAGUUGAAGUCCAUGGGUGUGCUUAACCAAAUUCCAGCAAAUACACUUGUAAAACUGCUGACCAUAUUACAGUGGAAUAUCAGGGAUGGCACGAAACUGUUACCAAGUCUUAACCAGGAAAAUGAGGAUGAGGAUGAAGAAGGUCAGAAAUUGUGGAGAGAAAUUGCCAUGGAGAGAGUUGGUAGAUCCAUUGAUGCAGCACUUACAGCCAUAUAUAUCAUGACAUCAUCCAAAAUGCCAAAGCAAGUGUUCAUAGAAGAUGUCAUAGAUAGAAUAGUCAUGUUUGGCAAGUUUCAGCUACAGAAUACCAUCUACCCUGAAUUUGAUCCUGUAUAUAGAAUAAAUCCCAAAGAUAAAGAUGGAUAUCAUAGUAGUUCAAAGAUGAAGCGAUCUCGUGCAAGCCAAGUGAAACACAAAUCUUCAAUAUCAUUAUACAAUAAACUGACAGACCUGGUUGGGAACCUGGCAGAACUUGUAGAAAUCCAGGAGCUUACAGACACCAUUAUAUUACAGAUGUCAACUUUGGGUGUUGCUCCUUUCUUUGUUGAAAAUGUUAGUGAAUUGCAGUUGAAUGCAAUGAAACUUGUUACAACUGUGUUUGCUCAUUAUGACAAGCACAGGCAAUUAGUGCUAGAAGAUAUAUUCUCAAGUUUAGCAAGGCUGCCUUCCAGUAAAAGAAAUCUCAGAAGUUACAGGUUGAAUGCUGGUGAGCAUAUACAGAUGGUCACAGCUUUAGCAUUACAGUUGAUCCAGUGUGUUGUCAAGUUACCUCAGCCAAAAUCUGAUGAUGAUCCAGUUGAAGAAGAACAAAUUGAAGAGGCUGCAAAAUCAAAAAGAGAUAAACAUGGAAGGAACAAGAGAAAAUCAGAUCCAUUGGAUCCAGAUGUGAUAAUUGUAACAUCAUAUGAGACUGCAAUUAGAACAGGAUAUAACUUCCUCUCUGUAUUUCUCAAAAAAUGUACAGUAAAGGGAGAGGAAGAUUAUCGGUCGUUGUUUGAAAACUUUGUACAUGAUCUCUUAUCAACAGUGAAUAAACCAGAAUGGCCUGCUUCAGAAUUACUUCUUAGUUUGUUGGGAAGAAUACUGGUGCAACAGUUCAGCAAUAAAUCCAUAGAGAUGUCAUUGAGGACAUCAGCUUUAGAGUAUUUAGGAAUUGUGGCAGCAAGAUUGCGCAAGGAUGCUGUGUCUAGUCAGUUAAGUCAAGAAAUCAUCGACGAUAUUGUUACAAAGGUUAACCACGAAAGUGAUAAGGAAGAUGAUGAAGAAGUAAAAAGAUCAACGAGAAGUGGCAGGAAAAGUCCCGAGGAAGAAGUACAAGAACCAGAUGAAACCCAAAGUUUACAAAAAGCUAUGCUUGACUACCUCUCAUAUCACGGUGCCAGUGAACCGGCCUAUUUGUUUGCACGCCAGUUUUACAUUGCUCAAUGGUUCCGAGACACAACCAAAGAAGCAGCAAAGAAACAUCAGAAAGCUGAUGAGGAUUUUGAUGCGGAGGAAGAAGAAAAAUCAACUGAGAACUUGGCUGACACUGAAGCUAGAACGAAAUUUCUGCUAUCACAAGUUGAAACCAGCUACAAACCAUACUCAUCUUACAAACCACUUCCAAGUAAAUUGGACUAUGACAGUGGUUGUUUGGUAGCAAGAUACCUGUCUUCAAAACGGCCGUUUGCACAAAGUUUUGAUAUUUAUCUUGGCCAGAUCUUAAAAGUGCUAGCUGAGAAUGCUGUAGCCAUUAGAACAAAAGCUAUGAAGUGUCUAACAUCAGUUGUUGAGGCGGAUCCAGGAGUGUUAGCUAGGCCCGAUAUGGAAAGAGGUGUUCAUGGCAGAUUUCUUGAUCCAUCCACGUCAGUAAGAGAGGCAGCUAUAGAACUAGUGGGAAAGUUCAUUCUCAUCCGUCCAGAACUCAUUCCACAGUACUAUAACAUGCUCUCAGAAAGAAUACUGGAUACAGGCAUAAGUGUGAGAAAACGUGUGAUCAAAAUCUUCAGAGACAUUUUCAACGAAAAGCCAGACUUUAAUAAGAUUCCAGAUAUGUGUGUUAAAAUGAUACGUAGAGUGAACGAUGAAGAUGGAAUUAAAAAACUAGUGAACGAAGUGUUUCAAACUAUGUGGUUUACUCCAUUGAGUUCUAGAGAAAAAGACUCGUCAAAACUUAUUCAAAGAGUUGUUAAUAUCACUGAGGUUGUUGCGGCUAGCAAAGAUACGGGUUUUGAAUUCAUUGAACAAUUAUUGGACAAUUUGUUAAAGAAAGAUGAACAUGGAAACUACAACAAGUCAGCAUUAACGUCGUGUAGGCAAAUUGUAGACUGUUUAGUUGAAAAUGUGCUGCGGUUAGAAGAAACAAGUGUUGAUGGUAAAUGCAGCAAUCGUUUGUCUGCCUGUCUGUCAACAUUGUUUUUGUUUGGCAAAAUAAAACCAGAUCUUAUGUUAGAACAUGCACAAACUCUCCAGCCAUAUCUUAAUAUCAAAUGCAGUAAUCAGGGUGAUUUCUAUGUACUACAUUAUGUGGCAAGGAUAUUAGAGCUUGUGAUACCAUUGAUGGAUCAUCCAAGUGAAAACUUCCUUGCUCAGGUAGAGGAGGACAUGAUCAAAUUGAUAUUGAAUCAUGGAAUGAUGGUGCUAGAAAGUUGUGUUAGCUGUUUAGGUGCUGUUGUAAAUAAUGUCAGUCAUAAUUAUCCUCUUGUUAAAGAUUGCUUCCAGAAGUUCUUUGGUUAUCUAGUGAAGUUUCAGUCGUAUCAUCAAGAACACCCCACAGUCCCUCUCCAAGGCAACAGAAAGCCAACACUUCUCAGGUCAUUGUUCACAGUUGGUCUCAUGUGUAAACAUUUUAACUUUGAAACCACAGAGUUGCAAGAUGAUGGGGAUACAUCAUUAAAAGAGAAGAUAUUUGAUGUGUUGAUAUACUACACUGAACACCCUGAUGAAGAUGUGCAAUCAAAAGCUCUAACUGGUCUAGGUUUUCUUGCUGUUAGACAUUAUGAAUAUAUGCUGGGAAGGACGCUUAAAACCAUGUACAGUGAACACUUAACCAAUCCAGAUUCUCCUAUCAAACUCAAGUGCCAAGUUUUGAAAAACCUUUCCUAUUAUCUUGUAGAAGAAGAAGUAAGAAUGGCAAAGUCAGACGCUGAUUGGAAGAAACAUGCAAAGGAAGAGGAUCUUAAAGAAAUGGGGGAUGUGCAAUCAGGAAUGGCCAGUACCAUUAUGCAAGUGUACUUGAAAGAGGUGCUGGAAGUGUUUUUCUCAAGCAAGUCGCAGGUUCGACUUGAAGCAUUAAAUGUGAUACAGUUGGUUCUCAAACAGGGCCUCAUUCAUCCUGUACAGUGUGUACCAUAUCUCAUCAGCAUGGCAACAGACUCUGAAGCUCCAAUCAGAGUCAAGGCAGAACAACAGUUGCAGGAAAUAGAGAAGAAAUAUCCAGGGUUUAUCCAUAGUAAAGCCCUGCAAGGGAUUAAAAUGUGCUUCCGUCUACAGCGGCUUAUUCAAGGUUCUGAGGGCAACAAUUUUGUAGUGAGAGGUCUUCACAACCCUGACGAUAACAGUUCAAGUCUUAAUGCAUUCCUUUAUAACAUUUUACGAACCAAUAGGUCACACCGAAGAGCCAUUCUCACCUCAUUACUUAAUCUUCUAGAUGAUUCUGCAAGAAUCAACCUACCAGAACAAAUGUACAUUGCAGAUAACCUUGCCUUCUUUUUAUACCAAACUCAGGACGAGCCACUGUUUAUAAUUCACCAGAUUGACAUUAUAGUGUCAGUGUCUGGAUCUAAUCUGUUACAGUCUUUCAGAGAGAAGCUGCAGUUCAAAGACAACAGAUCCAGAAAAAUGAUGCUGUCCAAUCCACAUGCUACUGAGAAUGGUGUACUUAAUGACAAACCAACCAUGUACUAUGAUGAAGAUGAUGAUGACAAAGAUAUCUUACUUAGCCGCUUACCCAAAGACAUAACCCCUCUCAAAGAAAUCAUCUGGAUAGCUCAAGGUUGCAUCCUCUUGUUAUAUCUAAAGCAGCAUCUCAAAGAUAUGUAUGGAUUUACUGAUGGUAAAAUCCAGAAUUAUUCUCCCACUGAGGCAGCCAAAGUGUACGACAAACCAUUACAACGUAAAGCUCUGGUGAAGUUCAAUCCAGAACAAGUGAUCCAUGUUUUACGUAACAAAGAAAAGAACGAGGAGAAAUCGUACGAGGAACAGGCCGAUCAGCUUGUUGAUGAUUACCUAGCUUUCAAAGAUCUCAUGUUAAGUGUAGACCCACCAGAUGAAGACGACAGUGAAGAUGAUCAAACUACUAAACUGUCUACCACAUACACUAUAAAAUCAAAGCCCGAUGGUGGUGGAGGCGAUGCUGGGACCACAAAUCACAUAGAAAAUGGUGAAGACUCAAAGAGCAACGCAGAUGUUAUAAUGGUUGAUGGUGAACAUGGAGACGCUGACCAUGUCAACUUAGAUAAAGAAUCUCCUACGGAUCCUAUGAAACCAAAAAUUCCUCCAAUGAUAAUAUCAACUUCAAAACUGAACACUCCUGUACGCGAGAAAGAGAAAAAGAAAGGAUCAUUAGUGCGGACUAUAAGAUUACCAGGGGCUUCCCAACUACAAGCCUCAGCACAUAACUUUACAUCACCUGUACAUAGUCAUUCAUCCCAUCACACUUCUCAUCAUUCAUCAUCAUCGUCGUCAAGAUCUCAUCACCAUAAGACACCUUCAUCGACACAUAAAAAGAAGAAGAAGAAACGGAAACGAUACACAUCGGACUCUGACGAUGAUAACGAUAGUGAUUAUGAUCCGUAUGGUUGAUUAUUCUGAAAUAGUCAAACAGAUGUGAUAAAAUCAGGUGCAAAUAAAUCUAUUGUGAUGGUACUGUGAAAUAUAUGUAGAUCUAUCCUGCAUAAUGUGAAAACAUGAUAAUGUUGCAAUGAUACACACAUUAAUUCGCAUUGAAGGGAGCAGAAUUUACCAAAAUAUUUUUAUGGAACCAUGUAAAAGCAGUGAAGAGCACAGUGUGCAUUAUGGGUAAACAUUGUGGAUGCUGUUUCAAAGGCCAUAAAAAGAGGUGUCUUCUUGAGAAAUCCGUUUGCACAGCUAAGUUCUUUGAAUCAGAAGCAGCUGUUGGUCAAAGGAGAGGGGAAGUCAGAGACUGGGGUAGUCAAGUGUAAAAAAAAAACAAUGUGUGGAGAAAGAAAAAGGAGAAGCAAACUGGUUGAGCAGUUGUGCCAAAAAUAUUCCAAACACCAAUUUGAUUGUUUCUUGUGAAUUAACCAAGUAUCAGGUUUUUUGUCUGUGAUUUCUUAAAUUUUAUGUUUCAAAGCAAGAAAAUCUUCUGCUGACCUGUCUUUCACUUAAUGGAAUACUUAAUUAUAAGCUAAAAAUGAAGAUAACUGGAAGUUUUGACAUAAAAUAUGGUACUUAAGCCUGUCUGAUGUUUAACUUUAUAACAAUAUUUUCACUCUAAAUUUGUUAUGAUAAAAAAAAUAUUUAGAUAUUGGUUAGAUAUUUUGUUUAUUUGAAAAUGCUUUUUCUACUUUAAGAGGAAAACGUGAAAUCUGAUAUAAGAAAACUAUACUUUUGAUUGGAAAUUGUAUUUACUAUGCAGCACCUUUUUUGGCAGAUACUUAAUUGCAAUGUGGAUGUAGUGUUUAAUUGUUACCAGUAUUAAAAUUAUUUUAAAAUGAAUAAAUUUAUAAUUAAUUUAUAUGAAUUAAAUUUUAAUCAAUUGAAGUUUUUUAUGUUUUGAAAUUUAAUAUAUAUUUUAAUGAUGAUCUUCAGAUGAUAGACUUCAAUAUGAAAAUACUAAGACAUAUGGAUUAUAGAUUUGCAUGAAAUACAAUAUAUUAGAAAUACAAUAUAUUAAUAGCUUAUAUUCUUUGCCUAAAUUAACAGAGGUUUAACAAGGUUUUGAUUUAUCUACUAGGGAAUAUUUGUGUUAGAAACAGUUGUAUCUAUUGAAUUUUCUUGAUUUUGCUCUAUUUGAACAUAACACAUAUGGGGAAUCAAAUUGUGCUUUUGGUUGCUUUUGAGUUUUUAUAUCCAAACUGCUUCAGCCCUCAAGUAUAUUUGGCUGCCUACGAAUGCCUGUUAAGUCUGGGUGUAGGGGCGUGUUUUCCAAGCUAGUUUAUUUUGUCAGUAAGAUUAUAAGAGAUUGGUUAAGGUAAGAUUUGUCUUCUGGUCUCUGGUUAAUAAAACAACUUGUGCAUUGACAUAGAAUAUGUUAAGGCUGUUUAUGAUACUGCUAUUAUUUGCUCGCCACCGUGACUGAAUUACUUACAGAGUAAAGGUGUUUUAAAAAUAUAGUAGUCCUAAAACGAAGCAUGUAGGUUAAAUGCUUCUUCAAAAAGUCUUAUGUUUGCAUUUGAAUUGCAUAAUUAGCCAAAAAUGUUCAAAAUUUGCAGCAUAAAUAAUAUUUUAUGAUGCAUUAAUGCAGCUAUUCUUGUGUGUAUGUUUAUUUUUUGUCUGUCAAAAGUAUUUAUUGUGACUGUUUAUUAGAAAUCUUGAAAAAGGUUGAAAUGUUGAAUAUAAUUUUAAUUAUAUGAAAUGUUAUAUUAAGCAAACUCUUUGUUUUAAGAAUUUACGUUCGAAUGUCAUUUUAAGUAUGCAAACUGCUGCAAAGUUUACCAUGAAAAUAUUUUUAUUGGGGUGUAAGAAGUUUGUGUUCAUUUUAAGCGUUAAUACAUAUUUUUUACCUUUGUAAAGAAGAAAUAUCAUCGUUCGUCAUUUGUCUAUAAACUUUCAUGAAAUCAUAUCGUCAUUUCACCACAUAUUUAUUUGAAUGUUUUAAGAAUUUGCAGAAGUUAACAUUUUCAUAAUCAUUGUACUUGUUCAGUUCGAUCAGUUCUGCAAUUUGCAGCUAAAUUGACAAAAAAUAUAAACUGAAAAAUAAAAAAGAACAAAAACCUUUA